GCCCCGCGCAUGCGCGUUCUAUCCAGGUGCUGCAGCAGCUGGCAGAGAACAAGAUACAAAUCGUGGAAAAGGGGCUUGCAGCCGGUUACUAGGAGACGGGACGCGCGGACUGGGCGACUAGGCGCUGCGUGGGCGUGCGCCUGCGCGGCGCGGAUGGGCCAGGAAGCGGCCUCUCCUCGGCGCCCGGAAAGGCAGGCAGGGGGCGGUACGCGUCGCUUCGUGCGUGGGUGCGCGCGCAAGGCUUGUAGUACCCGCGAGAGGGCGUGUUGAGCCAGGCAUUUGGAUACUUUGGUGACAGACUCGCUUUCCUUCAUUUGUUUAUGUGUUGAUAGUGGGUUGGGAAGGAAAGCUGUGGUCCUCCACAUUAGUCAACAAAUACUCAAUUGAUUUGGUAUUUGGCUUAGUUAAAUUGAAGAUCUUAAACAGACAAAUCAUGGCUUGGAAGAAUAUGUUAGGAAACUCUUGGAUAGUAAGGAGGUGGUAAGCAGUCAAGUAGAUGAUUUAACCAGCCACAAUGAGCAUCUUUGUAAAGAAUUGAUUAAAAUUGACCAACUAGCAGAGCAACUAGAAAAAGAGAAAAAAUUUGUGGUGGAUACCGCCGACAAGGAACUUGAAGAAGCAAAGAUUGAACUUAUUUGCCAGCAAAAUAAUAUAAUAGUUUUGGAAGAUACAAUAAAAAGGCUCAGAUCUACUUGAUUCCUUUGUCAAGACUUUAGAAGCAGACAGAGAUUACUACAAGAGUGAAGCUCAGAAUUUGAGAAAGAUGAUCAGAAGUAGAUCGAAAAGUCCAAGACGCCCGUCUCCAUCUUCCCGGGGUGCAAACUGUGAUGUAGAGCUUUUGAAGACAACAAGGGAUCGUGAAGAACUUAAAUGCAUGCUGGAAAAAUAUGAGCGUCAUUUGGCAGAAAUUCAGGGUAAUGUCAAGGUUCUUACAUCUGAGAGAGACAAGACCUUUCUUCUGUAUGAACAGGCCCAGGAAGAAAUUGCCCGACUUCGACGAGAAAUGAUGAAAAGCUGUAAGUCUCCUAAAUCAACAACAGCGCAUGCUAUCCUGCGGCGGGUGGAGACAGAAAGAGAUGUAGCCUUCACGGAUUUACGCAGAAUGACCACAGAACGAGAUAGUCUGAGAGAAAGGCUAAAGAUUGCUCAGGAGACGGCAUUUAACGAGAAGGCUCACUUGGAACAAAGGAUAGAGGAGCUGGAGUGUACAGUCCAUAACCUCGAUGAUGAACGUAUGGAACAAAUGUCCAAUAUGACUUUAAUGAAGGAAACCAUAAGCACCGUGGAAAAGGAAAUGAAAUCCCUAGCGAGAAAGGCAAUGGACACCGAAGGUGAACUUGGCAGACAAAAGGCAGAGAAUAAUUCUUUGAGACAGUCUACUGAAGCCCUAAUUAUGUGUGAACAAGACAUUUCCAGAAUGCGUCGACAAUUGGACGAGACCAACGAUGAGCUGGCUCAAAUUGCCAGGGAAAGAGAUAUCUUGGCUCAUGAGAAUGACAACCUCCAAGAACAGUUUUCUAAAGCUAAACAAGAAAACCAGGCAUUGUCCAAAAAAUUGAAUGAUACUCAUAAUGAACUAAAUGACAUAAAACAGAAGGUCCAAGAUACUAAUUUGGAGGUUAGCAAGCUGAAGAAUAUAUUAAAGGCUGAAGAAUCUGAGAACCGGCAAAUGAUGGAACAGCUCCGAAAAGCCAAUGAAGAUGCUGAAACCUGGGAAAAUAAGGCCCGUCAAACAGAGGCAGAUAACAAUACCCUCAAACUGGAGCUCAUCACUGCAGAGGCAGAGGGUAACAGACUAAAAGAAAAAGUAGAUUCCCUUAACAGAGAGGUGGAGCAACACUUAAACGCAGAAAGGUCUUACAAGUCGCAGAUUUCCACAUUACACAAGUCUGUUGUGAAGAUGGAAGAGGAGCUUCAGAAGGUUCAGUUUGAAAAAGUGUCUGCCCUCGCAGAUUUGUCUUCCACGAGGGAGCUCUGUAUUAAACUUGACUCGAGCAAAGAACUCCUUAACCGACAGCUAGUGGCUAAAGAUCAGGAAAUCGAAAUGAUGGAGAAUGAGUUAGAUUCUGCUCGUUCUGAAAUAGAACUCCUCAGGAGUCAGAUGACAAAUGAGAGAAUCUCCAUGCAGAAUCUAGAAGCUUUGCUGGUGGCCAAUCGAGACAAGGAGUAUCAGUCUCAGAUAGCGCUUCAAGAAAAAGAAUCUGAAAUCCAGCUUCUUAAAGAACACCUUUGUUUGGCAGAAAAUAAAAUGGCCAUCCAGAGUAGAGAUGUGGCCCAGUUCAGAAAUGUAGUAACGCAAUUGGAGGCUGAUUUAGAUAUUACCAAAAGACAGCUCGGAACAGAGCGCUUUGAAAGGGAGAGAGCUGUACAAGAACUUCGCCGCCAAAAUUAUUCAAGUAAUGUAUAUCAUAUGAGUACUUCUCUAAAGCCAAAUACCAAAUGCCAUUCCCCAGAACGUGCUCACCAUCGAUCUCCCGACCGAGGCCUCGAUCGAUCGUUGGAAGAGAAUCUUUGCUAUAGAGAUUUCUGACACAUGAAGAUUCUUCACAUCCUUGGGAAAGCUCAAAGUUACAAACUGAAUUUUUUUUUUUGCUAUAUGAUUGCGUUUAUCUUUUGAAUGCUUGACGAUGUUAAAUGUAUUUAUUAACUUUACGCCUCUGAAUCACUGCCAUAUCGCAGUGAGCUGAGAUGACGUAUAGAAACAAAAAUGCAUAUGGCUCUUUCUCUCCAUACAGUAAUAGUGAGUGUGAAAUCUGCUUACUUCACUAUUGAACGUGUUAUGUUAACUCUCCGGAGUAAAUAAAGAACCUUAUAAAAAGAGGGAAAAGUGUUUUUACAAAACUGAUUUCCUUUCCUUUCUUAGUAUCUCAAAUAAUUGGUUGGUUAAUUUUUUUCUCUGUGAUUUAUGCUUUGAUGGCUGGAGAAUCGUGCCAAUACAGGCACAGCUCCGAUACUGGCCUGGGACCAUAUUCCUUUUUGGAACCAACCUGACAUAAAUUCCAUGCCAUAUCUGACUUCAGUGCAGCAGAAAGUAGGAGUGUGUCAGGGUUUUUAAAUCCAUAGUAAUGUAAACUCAAGAAUAAUUAACAUACAUUUUUGACAAUUGUGUUUACUUCUAUUUUUAGGAAGGUAGGUGAUGAUAUAUCUGUCAAGAAUGUAAGAUUUAAAAAUCUGUAUUUUUGAUAAGUAUUCUUAAAAAAUUAAAGUACUGCAAUCAACCUAAUUGACAUUUAUUUAUUUAUUUUUGCCAGUGGCAACUCUGUAAUCUAGAGAAACAAGUUUCAGUGUUGUUUUCUUCCUCUUCCCUAAAUUCUCCUAAAUCUUUCACCUUAUCUGUCCAUAGGCUUUGAUUUAAUAUUGAUAUUGGAGCCUGAACACUACUGUAAUUUACUGAUAUAAGCUAUUUGUAUUCUUGCUAUUUUAAUAAAAAAUAAGUCCUGUCAUUAAUAG